CGCCUCGCUGCGGCCGUUCAACAGACUCAACAGAGUGGGUUCGUGACCUUCGUGAGAUGUAAACAUGCUGAGUGAGACAUGACCUGGAAACUUCAUUUUUAAACAGAUCUGCAGUAUAGACACUUAUACAGCCACAGAUUCUGCAUUAUUAUUGUGCUAUUAUAAUGGAAGACGACGAUGACAUCCAAAUUCUUCGUGAGUUCAUUCUUUUCAGCAGCACCUGAAGAAUAUUCCAGUCAUGCCAUUGCCAAAGCUUUGCCAGAUUUGGCAGAACAAUCUAAAAAGCAGCCAUGUGCUCUCAUUCAAGCGGCACCUCCACCACCUGUUGGUCCUCAGCCUGUUGCUGGAAAUGUAGACGGAAUGAAACAGACGUCAUUGAUUGUAUUACCGACAGGAUCACUACCUAGCUCUUUAAAAAGACCCAUCCCAAUCUUAACAUCAAAAAGUGACCCUCAAACUGCUCCUCUUUUGGCAAAUCCUCCAGCCAAACUUGUGCUACUAAGUGGCAUUGAAGGUCAGCCACUGUCUGCACAGAUGGUGACAUUUUUAAAAACCAUUCAAGGUGCUCCUAAUCUGGCUAAUCUUGCUGGGAAGCAAGUGAAGAUCAGAGGUGAGCAAGUAACUGGAGGAAAUGUUAAAGUGGUUCGAGUCGUCAAAAGUGGCACUUUAACUUCUGCUGCUUCUCAUCUCGGUGCUCCUGGAACCACUUUGGCUAGUUCUUGCAAAGAAGAUAUUCUAGCCAAGCUUGUGCAAAACAAGAGCAAUGGAAGUGGAGGAGAAUCUAAUGGAAAGCUGAAAGUUGUUCUAGUUACUCAACCUGCAGCCACUAAAAAUCCAGUCAAUAAUACAAAGAAGGAAGUUCGGACAAAAAGAUUCAAUCCAUACCAAUUUCAGCCAUAUAAAUUUAGAACUCGCGAGCAAGUUCUUCGGAUCAUUAGCAAAUACGAACAUGUGAAGAGACUGAGAGAAUUGGGCAAGAUGGCAAGUGAAGCAACCAAGUGUGAUAGGAAGUCAAUUGAAAUGUUUCUUCUACUUUUGAAGAUUUUGGAAUUUGUUGACAACGGAACAAUAAAAACUGCUGGAGACGACAUAAAAAAUUUUCUCAGUCCAGUUUUGAUCAGCAGGGCGCUACUGGCAAGAGACAAUAUUGAAUUGGCAGCUUCCGAUGAUCCAAUAUACAACUCGUUUAGAAAGUCCAAUAACUACCCCAUUGAAGUAGAACUCUUGAAGUACUUUGUAACUUGCAAAGAAAAGGGAAUUGAUGUGAGCAAGAAUACUUUACGUUCUCAGGCUUCUAUCAUAGCUGAUGCUCUACAAAUGCCGGAAUUUGUUGGAACAGAUUACUGGCUCAUCAACCUUUUGCAACGUAACUUGAUCUACCAACAUGAGGAAGGCAAUCUUUGGUGCAAUAGGCAGGAUUUGGAAUUUAUCAUUGAUAAAUUAAAAACCAUUGAGAACAAGAAGAAAAAUAACGAGGAAGGAAGAGAGAGCAUCAGUAAACAUAAGCAAAAGAGGAAGGUUGAGAAGUCAACAAAGAAAACAGCAAAGGUCAAGGAAAGCAGUAAAAGCGGAGAGAAUCUCUUAACAGGGAGUAGGACAAUAAUUGAUGCAUGUGAAGAGCCACCAGCCCCAGAUGAAGAAAAUUUUGACGCUGCUGAAAUACAGGAAGUGCCCCCUAAGAAGAAAAGGAAGAAAGAAAUGCCUAAAAGUUGUAGGAUUUGUUCUGCUGACUUGUUUGAAGCAGGUGGCCUUCGCUUAAGAGAUUUCAACAUCAAAAAGGCAAAAGCCUGGAUCAGGGAAUUUGUUGGUUAUGAGGUGGUUCCUGUUGAAAAAACGGACGGUUCAGAGUUCCCUUUUGGCAUUUGCUGGAACUGUGUUCAUCACUUCAAGAACUGGAUCAAGCAGUUUGGGAAACCCUCACUUGAGUACUGGUCGGAAGCAGAAUGGGCUGUAUGGAAUGCCUAUCAAUGCACGGUUGAAACCAGCACUCAAACUGAAUGUGAAUUAGAAGAAGUUAGCUGUAUUAACAUUGACAUUUCCACUCCGGACCAAUCAAAACCAGAUAAUGUCAAAGAAGAAAACUUAGAAUUUGAAAAUGCUUCUGAACCUGCGGAUUGUAUCUUGCCUGAUGAAACUGAGAUGGAAUGUGACCCUUUAUUUGAUCCUCUUAAUUUCAAACCAGAGCAUGAUGAUGAGUUAGAGCACAAAGAUUUUACCGAAGAUCAUUUUUCCACAACUGUAAUGCCUCCUGCUUUACUUAUCAAAACUUCACCAAAACCAUUGAAAUUUGGAUCACCAAACCAGGGCACCCAGGUAGACGAAGAUGGAUUGCUUUGCCCUUUGUGCAACAAAAUGUUUAGAGAUUGGCGACAGCUCUUGGGCCAUAACAGGAAGUGCCAAAUAAAAGAAUUCCAGUUAAAAGCAGACCUUGUGAGGUGCAAGAUUUGCAAAUUUGCUUCAUUCAAUGAAGAGGACGUCAAAAGCCAUUCUUGCACAAGUGAUAAGAGUUUCUCAAUUGAACAUGCAUGCACCUUAUGCAAGGUUGGAUUCAGCUCCAGCAGCGUUUUCUGGAAACACGUUUGCCUGUAAAAUAAACACAGAUUUAAGUUUAUUUAGCAA